CUGGGUCUGUGUGCCGGCAGCGCCAGGCGCAGAGCUGAAGAGUUCGGCGAUGGCCGGCAGUGAGUGAUGACUCGGUUACUGUGCAUUGCGCGCAGAGUCGCUUUGGUCGCCGUGCGCUGCAGCGCCCGCGGCUGCAGCGGUCUCGGCAUGUUCUAUGCUGUGAGGAGGGGCCGCAAGGCCGGGGUCUUCCAGACCUGGAACGAAUGUAGAGCCCAGGUGGACCGGUUUCCUGCUGCCAGAUUUAAGAAGUUUGCCACAGAGGAGGAGGCCUGGGCCUUUGUCAGAAAGCCGGCAAGCCCGGAUGGACCGGAAGGGGAGGAAAAUGAACACGUACAAGAAUCACAAGUGAAAGCAAGCAAGCGAGUCCGUGAGCGUUUGGACGGAGAUGAAAAUGCAGAACCGUGUGCGAAGCAUAUGAAACAGAGCGCAGAACCGGUCCCUGCAGUCGGCAAAGACACAUUUGCUUACAUGGGAGACUAUGUCGUUGUCUACACUGAUGGCUGCUGCUCCAGUAACGGGCACAGGAGGGCCCGCGCGGGAAUUGGCGUUUACUGGGGACCGGGCCAUCCUCUGAACAUGGGCAUCAGGCUUCCCGGGCGGCAGACCAACCAAAGAGCAGAAAUUCAUGCAGCCUGCAAAGCCAUCGAGCAAGCGAAGGCUCAGAACAUCAAGAAGCUGGUUCUGUAUACGGACAGUAUGUUUACCAUAAAUGGGAUCACUAACUGGGUUCAAGGCUGGAAGAAGAACGGGUGGAAAACCAGCACGGGGAAGGACGUGAUCAACAAGGAGGACUUUGUGGCGCUGGAGCAGCUGACCCGCGGCAUGGACAUCCAGUGGAUGCAUGUUCCUGGCCAUUCGGGAUUCACAGGCAAUGAAGAAGCUGACAGAUUAGCAAGAGAAGGGGCUAAGCAGUCUGAAGACAGAACGAAGUCCUUUUAAUUCUUGGGAAAGCUUGAGACAGGCUCAUGGAAUACAGACCAAACUCAUCGAGUCCGGAAACCUGGUUCCUGGGCAGCCUGCGCAGUGGUGAAGCGGCGCCGGUGAGGCCGUGCUCAUUUCUAUGGGGGUCUGUCCCGUCAGGUGAGCUUGGGGCCUUCGGGCGCACGUCUUUAAAAGACCGUGGUGUGCGUUCCUAGGUGUGUCCUUAAUCGUCGAACCCUGGAAGUUCUGGAACGACGAGGGGCAGCUGCUCAGUAGCGGCCCCCUGUCUGUGAGUGGCGGGCGGGCUCCGGCACUGGGUCACGGCACGGGUCAGAACCGGGCACCCGGCUCCGCCACAGGCCGCCGCGUUGCAGUGCAGACCCUGCUUUUGCCAAACAUCGGAAGGCCCAGAGGCUGACCUGCCUGAGGCAUCGCUGCGAUGGACUGAGUGACUGUGCCCCCCAAGUUCACGUGUCGAAGCCCUAACCCCCGUGUGACUGGUAUGGAGAUAAGGGGCCCGUAGGGAAGUAAUUCAGGUUAAACGAGCUUGCUUCCUGUCUGCCCAGGAAAGAGGAAGGGCCAUGUGAGGGACCCAGUGAAGCCAGGAAGAGAGCCCUCCCCGGGAACCAGAUCACUGACACCCUGACCUUGGAUUCCUGGUCUCUAGAUUGUGAGAAAUCAGCAGUUAAGUCCCCCAGCCCACGGCCUUCUGUCCAGCGGCCUGAGCGAGGUCCCCAGCCAUGACUGUGUCUGAGACCCGUCUUCUACCCUCUCGUUUGCUAACUCACCUGUGCCUUCCGUGCGGCCAGCGUGACAGCUGCGUGAGCCAGCGUGCGGGGUCCUUCUGAGCUUGUCUGCGCUGUGGAUGCGUCAGUGAGGCAGCGUGGCUUUGCAGGUGAUGGGUUUUCCCCAGAUGUAACUGUUAGGUUGGUAGCAUCCACAUUGUUUUACUGAAGCCUAGAAAACCAA